CCCACCACCUUCUCCAUCCUCUCCGCUUCUUCUCCACCCUAUCAAACCCACCUGGUACUGGAGGUUGUAGCAGGGGGUGCUAAAACCCUAGGCCAUGAAGUCGCUGUGCACCAAGCCGGGCAAGGGCGGCAAGAUCCACCCGUCGCCACUCGGCGGCGGCGGCGACGGGGACCCUGUCCGGGCGGCGCUCCGGCUCCUCCCCGCCGCCAUCUUCGCGCUCGCCACCGCCCUCCUCCCCGAGGACCAGCAGGUGCUCGCGUACCUGGUGACGCGCUGCCUCCAGGGCGCCGGCGCCGCCCACCACCCGGAGCAGCCGCCCGUCCGUGGCCGCCGCCGCCGCGCCCACCUGCCGGCCAUCGGGUGCGGCUGCUUCGACUGCUACACCAGCUUCUGGUCGAGGUGGGACUGCUCCCCGAGCCGCGAGCUCAUCCACGACGCCAUCGAGGCCUUCGAGGACCACCUCGCCGCCGCCGAGUCGUCGUCCACCCCUACGCCUUCCUCCUCCUCCAAGCGCCGCGAAAAGGGCAAGCGCAGGCCCCCUCCUCCGCAGACGCCAGCGCCGAUGUCUCCCAAGUCGUCCCCGGUGCAGCCGCCAGCCGAGAAGGUCCAUGAGCCCUCCCCACCCCCAUCUUCCCUUACCCUCUCUUCCUCUCCUCCACCACUCCCUCCCGCUCCGGAGGCGACGACCACCUUUGAGAGCGACGACUACGAGAAGGUCCCCGAAGAUCCCUCAGCCGCCGUGGCGGCGGAGGAGAAUGCGUCGGAGGGGGAGGAGGAGGAGGAGGAGCGGAAGCGCGGGUGGGCGGACGUGAUGGGGAUGCUUAACCUGCGGCUUUGGGGGAUUUGGAGUCCGGCCGUGGAGAGCGCCACCUAGAGCGACGCCCCACCACCUUACCUUAGCACUAGAAGCAAACUAGCAGCAGCAGCAGCAGAAGAGAGCAAGAAGCUAGUGUUCAUCAGGGGAGUGAGAGAGUGAGGCACUGGCAGGGCAGUUGUGUAAUUCCUGUGGUUUCAUUUGGGUCCUUUUUUCUCUAGAGGGCAACAAAAAAAAUGGUAGCAUGAAAGGAGCAAGUGACAAGUGCUGCUUAGCUCCCUUUUCUUGGCCAAAAGAAAGGUGAUCACAAGUGGUUGUAAUCUUAGUACUUAGGGCCUCUAGUGUGGGAAUGGUGGUGAUCAGUGAUUGUGAUGAUGGGUGUCCUGGGGGUACAUGGAUGGGAGGAACAAGUACCAGCUAGCUGUAAGAACUUCUGCCUUUUGGUGCUGUUGAUUAUAAGGUCUCUUGGUUUUCCUGACA